CCGGGCCAAGUCUCCUGUCCUGACUUCAUGUGAUCCUGCGGGGCGGCGUUUGGCUCCAAAAAGAGGAAGACUUUUCCCAGUUGCGGUCAGUCGCUGUCGGCCCCUCACGGAGCUCCGGCCUGCUGCAGCUAGGGGAUAUUUCCACGAGCUGUUGGGACAGUGACGCUGCAGCGGUGAACCACAGACGGUGUUUAGAAACAUGGGAGACGCUCAGUCUGCGCAGCGGGACGUCAGGAGGGAGGCGGCGGAGGAGGAGGAGGAGGAGGAGGAGAGAGGAGCACCGGAGGAUGCUCGGGUCGAUCACAGCACCGAGGAGAAGCCUCUAAGAAAUAAUGGGCAAAUCUCGGAGAUCAAUGGAAAAGCAGACAGCACUCUAGCAGAAGUUGAUGAUCACUGUGGUGAUGCGGUGGCUGCAGACGCUUCCCUCUCUCCAGAGAAAGACGUUUUACAAACAGCGAGGCCACUUAACGAAGAAGGAACACCAUCAGAAAACGUUGAAAUGAAUCAAAAGGAAUCACCUGACGAAACUGAUGCUGUUGAAGAACUACCCCUGGAAAUGACUGAAAUGGAUGCAAAGCAGAAUGACAUCAAUGAAAGCUUUAAGAGAUUCUUCAGUAACAUUGGUUUGAAACUGACAGUAAAAAGAGGCUCAGUCGAAAAUGAUGAAAUAAGAACCGAUGGGCCAGAUGAAACGAACAAGAACAAAUCAGACAGACCAGAAAACACAGAGGAUACCGCGGAUGAACCUAAAAGUGUGAAUGCUGAGCCGGAUAUUGAUCAGAAGACCCAGGGGACUAAUGACAAUGAUUCAACGACAUGUCCUACCCUGACAUCGGAGGAUGCCCAGGAAAAUGCAGAGGAGAAAACAACUGGGGCCAAAGAUGAAUCUGAUACAGAAACACCUUCACCUGUAGUUGAAGACUUAAAGGAACAACAGGAGGCUGCCCUUGAAGAGGAACACCUACACACACCAUCUACAACUAUCCCUGAGGCCGAGGAGGUCGUAUCUCCGGUGAAAAAGUUUUUUACAACUGGAAUCUUUUCAGGGCUACGGAAGAAAAAGAAGUCCACAGGGGAUGAGACAACUGAGAAAGAACUGGUGGACAUGGGGAGAAAGGAAACAGUACAGACAACAGAAAAAACUGUAGAAGUACAACAGGAUAAAGGGGAGAUUGGACAAGAUGUUGAAGCAACGACAGUUGAGAGAGAACACAUAGAAAAUGAACCUAAGGAGAGGAUCAUCUCUACAGCAUCAGCUCAGCCGAUGAAUGAUGGGGAAUCACCGCCCACAGUUCCAGCAACUAUUUCUGUCAAUGAGCCUGAAAUGAGCUCUCAAGACAGAGUUCAAGACAGUCCAAUGAAAUGGUUGCUAUCAGGUUCAAGUUUUAGGAAACUCUCCAAAAAGCAGAGAGGCAGGAAAUCAAGUAAUACAAUGUUGUCAGACUCUGAAGAACACUCGGAUCAGCUCAUGUCACCUACCAAGUCAGCUGAGACCCAGAAAGAAGAAAGUCCGGCACAGCACUCUGCAGAGGCAGCAGGAGAGGACGAUGGUGCGUGGGCCUCUUUCAAAAAACUUGUUACUCCGAAAAAGCAUAUGAAGAAGUCCUCCUUGACCAGUGAAGAGAUACAAAUCUCAGGCUCAACAGAGGAAACAAAACCAAGUGAAAAAGGGCAAAUAUCAGAUCACAGCAUCGAAGAAGGCAAAAAAAGAAAAGAUUCAUCCGUGUCAUGGGAAGCUGUUUUGUGUCGUUCCGGAAGGAGACGGAGCAGAAGCCGAAAAACAUCAGACUCUGAGGAUGAAUCCCCCCAAGUUGAAAAUGACAAUAAGAAGCGAGAGACGCCGCUUGAAAGUUCUAACGAAGUUGAUGGAACUUCACCAGCUUCCCCCAAUGUAGGAAGUCCUUCAGAGGGUGAUGGAGGAUCAACAUGGAAAUCAUUUAAAAAACUUGUGACCCCCAAAAGGAAAGCCAAGGAUGAGGAGGAAAGCAAAGAUAAUGCAAUGUCUGAUAGUGAAAUCACUCAGGACGAUUCCUCCUUUUCAAUAAAGAAGUUUCUCCCAAGAAAAAAGAAGAAGUCUUCUGAAAAUCACGACCAAUUAUCUUCUGAUGAGGCUGAAAAGGAGGUCAUUUCAGGUGAUGAAGACUCUGACACACCAGCUGUGGUUCCCUUGUCGGAGUUUGAUACAAUUGAAACGGAAGUUCACAUUGAAACAACGGCUGAUGUGGAGAGUCAUGUAGCCAAGGAGGCGGACUAUCAAGUGCAGCAAGACCUCCUCGAUCAGACGUCUCAACCAGUCCUACCUUGUGCCUGUCCGGAACCAGAAGUAAAGAAGGUCCAGGACGAUAAGGAUACUUUAAAAAAUGAGACGUCUACAGCUCUUGCUUCAAAUGAGGAACCUGAGGACCUUACAGAAUUAAUCAGUAAACAUGAACAACUCAGUGAUAUCCCAGAAGAGGGUUUAAUUACAGAGACCAAUGCCACUCCGGCUUCAGUCCCUGAGGAGGCAGCUCCAGACGACACUAUAGCUGAGGAUCUGAUAGAGAUCACAUCUGAGGCCAUAACUGCUCUGGAACCUGUAGACAUUACCACCGAAGAUGAAACUGAGAUGAUCUCUGCAGUUUCCCAGCUGUCAGACUCUUCAAACACAUCUGGCAACACAACACCAGUCCCCGUAGAAUAUGAAGUCAAACCUACAGAUGUACUCCUGCAUCAGGUGGUUGGAGCCAUCUCCAUAAGUCCAAACGCUGUCCCAGUGUGUUCAGAAGAGGUAAGCUCAGAAAGAAUAGUUGGAUCUGUCUUGCAUGAAAUACUCGAGACAUUUGUAAAAGAAGAGCCAGCAGUUCUGAAAAUACAUAGCAAAUCAGAUGCAGCCUCCAUUAACAUUGGACUAAAUGUUGAAGAACUGGACAAGAUCGACAAACUCACAACAACAGCCCAAAUAGAGGGCUUAUCUGAAGUCAACAAAUCUGUUUCCACACAAAUUGUGUCCAAUGUUCCCACUAAGGAGGUUGCCACUGCUGAAAUGGCUGUUUAUGAAGUUCAUGAGGUCAAUGUUUUAUAUCCAGUAGAAAGGUUAAAUGAAUUAGAAAGUAAUAAUGUGAGCCAGCAUCUGGUAAAAACUCAAUCUGAGGCAAAUGAAGCUGGGUCUUUAGAGAUACUCCCUGAAGGUGGAGCAGCUGUUGAAGAUGAAGGUUCUCUUCUCGGGGCACAUCAAGAUGAAAAAGAGCCCCAAGAAAUGAACUCUCAAGAAGUAGAAUCAACUGCUACAGUAUCAGAAGAAUGUACAGAUGGGGGUGUGGAGGAGGAAGUCCAGACACAAAUCAAAGAGCAAAUCAUCGAUCAAGUUCAAGUUGAGAGCCAAGAUCAACCAGUAGAGUCGGAUUUGCAAGAAUUACCGGCUUUAAACGAUGCCAUGUUAGAUUCAGAGGAGGGUAGUGGUCAAUUUCCUGAAAAGGAAGUAAUCAAGGAAGAUAUCACAGCAGAAGUUACUGACAAACCCAGAGAGGACACAGAGCCUGACGCUGAAUAUAAUGUUGAAGCGGAGAAGGAAAACCAACUACAAGCAGAUGCUCCUCAAACUGAACAUGCUGAAGAUCCUGACGUGUUAGAAACUGUACAAACAGCCUCAUUAGAUAUACAGGAGGGUUGUGGUCAAUUGAUUGAAAACGAAGAAGUAAAAAUAAAAGAUAUUCCAGCAGAUGAGAUGGUUACAGACAAACCCCAAGAGGAAACAGAACCUGCCCCUGAAUAUGAUGUUGGGGCAGAGACAGAAACCCAACUGCAAGCAGGUUCGGUGAAAUGUGAAGAUGCUGAAGAACCAAAAGUGUUAGAAGCUGAACAAACAUUAGAUUCAGAGGAUGGUAUUGCUCAUUUGCUUGAAAAUGUGGUAUUAAGCGAAGAUAUUCCAGCAGAAGAAACAGCUACACACAUUCGACAAGAGGAGAAAGAGCCUCUCACUGAAAAUAAUGUUGAGACAGAGACAGAAAGCAAAUUACAAGAAGAUUCUGUCAAAACGGAACAUGCUGAAGAACCAGAAGUGUUAGAACCUGAACCAACAGCCAUGUUAGAUCCAGAGGAAGGUAGUGCCCAGUUGCAUGAAAAGCAAAUCAUAUCAGAAGUUACCCCAGCAGAAGAAAUAGUUACAGACACACCACAAGAGAAAACUGACCCGGCCGAAGCACAUGUUGAAACAGAGAAUGAAACAGAGAAUGAAAACAAACUGCAAGCUGAUUCGGGCAAAACUGAACAGGCUGAAGAACCAAAAGAGUCAGUCACGUUAGAUUUAGAGGAGGGUAGCAUUCAACUGCUUGAAAAGGAAGUAACAUCAGACGAUGUUCCAGCAGAAGAAACAGAUACAGACAAACCCCAAGAGGACAUCAAGUCUCUCACUGAAUGUAAUAUUGAGGAAGAGACAGAAAAGAAAAUACAAGCCGAUGCUGCUGAAACUGAACACGUUGAAGAACCAGAAGUGUUAGAAGCUGAGCAAACAGCCUCAUUAGAUUCAGAGGAGGGUGGUGUUCAAUUACCUGAAAAGGAGGAACCAAGUGAAGAGAUUCCAGCAGAAACAACAGCUACAGACAAACCCAAACAGGAAACAAAGCCUGUUACGGAAUGUAAUGCUGAAGCAGAGGAGGAAAACAAACUACAAGCAGAUUCUGCCAAAACUGAACAUGCUGAGGAACUAGUCGUGUUAGAAACCACACAGGCAGCCUCUUUAGAUUCAGAGAAGGAUAGUGUUCAUUUACCACAAGAGGAAGUAUCAGAGGACAUUAAUGCAGCAGAAAUAAAGCAAGAGGAAAACCAUGUUGAGCUCAGUGGUGAGCCAGAAAACAAAGAACUGAAAACAGAUACUCCAAAUAUUGGACACCACCAAGUUGCAGAAGUUUUAGGGGCUGUACAAGUACCCAUAUUUGAGUCAGAGGAGGGUAGUGUUCAAUCUUGUGAAAGAGAAGUCACAUCAGAGACAACUAUAGAGGCAGAAACUAUUACAGAUGAACCCAAAGAGGAGACAGGGCCUCUCACUGAAGUCGUUGAACCAGUGGAUGCUUUUCAAACUGAAUAUGUUCAAGAACCAGUACAAGAACCAGUUCAAGAACUGGUACUUGAACAUGUUCAAGAACCAGUACAAGAACCAGUACAAGAACCAGUACAAGUACCAGUUCAAGAACUGGUAUUAGAAGAUGCACAAGUAGCACUGUUAGAUUCAGAAGAGGGUAGUGCCCAAUCACUUGAAGAGGAAGUGAUUUCAGAAUCGAUAUCACCAGAAGAAACUGUUGCACAUGAAGUAGCACGUGCAGCUGAAGGCAGUGCACAGUCAGAACUAUCAACAGGGGAUGUACAUGUUGAAGAACCGGAUGUUUUACCUGCUGAUGUAAAUGACACUGCAACUGAAAAAGAACCUGAGGUAGAGGCAUCUAUGCCUGAUCAUGUAGUCAAACCAGGUGCUGAGGAAAGUAGUGCUCCCAAUCCAGAACCCACUGAUUCAGUUACAGUUGAAAGUGAGACUCAAGUUGUGGCAGCUCUGAAUCAUCAGGCUUUAAACGGAAAUGAAGAUCAGGAAACAGAGGGUACACCUCAAGAUGUUCAUGUUGGCCAGGAAGACCACAUCCCUGAAGCUGUGGAUGAGAUACAGACAUUAACAGCAGUUCAUGUACCCUCUGUUAAUGAUGAAGCAUGUAGUGCUCAGGUCACAGAAAUAAAUGUAUUUUCUGAAGUAACCCCGACACCUUGUGUAGAAAAUGUCACAGUUUCACAUGAACCAAUUCACGAGCUGCAUCUCAGCUCAGUGCAAUCCAGUAUUGAGGAAGAAAGAGGUCAAAUUCGGGGUUUUGAGGUAAAGAGUGCUCCAGUUGAGCAUGCUGUAGUGGCCGAAGUGAUCACAUGUUAUCUAAAAGACAUCGCAGCUUCUAUACCUGACACUUUGAUAGAGACGACAUCAGACAGUCAUGAACCGUUGAUCGACUCUGUGGCAAGUGAGCUCGGGUUCAAUGAGACGAAUGAGACUGCAACACCAUUGGUGCAAAACUAUGUGACCAAGACGGGCGAGGAAGGUAGUGUGGUUAGGAUGAUGAAUGUGCCAUCGGUACAGUUUGAGGACAAUCACAGAAUUCAGGUGCAGGUGGUCGAUGUUGAUGUCAAAUCAGCCAAUAUGAAGGUUGACACAGUGCUAGAGGUAGUGGUAACAGAAACCAGAGAAGUUAUGGAUAUGUGUCACGAAACAGUUCAAGAAGUAGACAAACUUUCCGCCACAUCAGAGACUGAAGAGAAAAUAAGAUGCGAAGAAAACAAAGUGACCAUUCAAGUUAUUCAACAUGUAAGGGAGAGCUCACCAGAGACAGUACCUGAAUCAGAACUUGUCGACACGGAUCAAGACGUUAUUAAAGAGACGGAUGUUGUGACUGAGACAACUGAGAUACCUGAAAGUGAGUCAAGUGAAGUGGAGGGUCAAAAAGUGGUGGAGGAUAAGGAAAGACAAGAUGAAGGAUAUGAUGUCAUAAGUGAUGACUCCGCAACUGGACACGUGUUGGAGGAUCUCAUGCAAACGCCUGAUAUUCCAGAAGGGUUGGAUGUUUUGAUCCAUGACCCCAAAGAGGAAUUGGAAGAGCCUAAAGCUGAAGUGAAAAAGUCUGAAGCAGAUGUCUCGACGACAGAAUUGUCAUCCGAUGUGACGAAGAUAAAUGAGGAAGCACAAACUCCACAAAUUGAGAUUGUGAUGGCGAACACUGGAUUAGUAGUCCCCCAAAGCACUGGAGUGAUCUCAUCAGUAGGUAAUGUCGAGUCCCCCUCUAGCCUUUCGAUAGAAUUAAAAUUUAACAUACAGUUUGGACACGCAAAGGAACCGGCUUCUCCACCACCUUCAACAGAGAGAACUGAACCAAUGAAACUGACAGACGUGGCUGAGGUAGGCGUUCAGGUAGAAGAACCCAGUGAGGAAAUAAAUCCAGCACAAUCUGAAGAGAGACAGAAACAGACAGAGGGAACGGAGGUCGCAGUUCAGGGAACAGAAGUCACACAAGCAGCUGACUUAGAUUCAACAGAAAGACCAGUGAUCAUUAAUCAACCAGUACUUCUGGAUGUUGGCAUGCAAACAGUGCAAAUAGUGGAACCAGUAGAACAAAUCAAAUCAACAGAGAGAGGAACCCCCAAUGUCCAGGCGAAAGAAACAAUCCAAACAGUGAGGCAACAAGAGAAAAGAGGAGUGUUCCUGAGUCAGCCACUACUUUCUGAAGUUUGUGACCAAGAAACAAAAGCAGAGGAACCUGUUAAGCACAAGGAGGAGGAAAAUGACCAGGACGUGUGGAUGGAUGCAGAGGAGGACAUCAACAAUCAACAGGAAACGGGGAUGUCCCUUCACGAGAUGCAGGAACCUCCUCAACAUCAGGCGAUAAGUGACCAGGAGGAGAAAGUCGUUCUUGAAGCUGUAGAGGAGUUUGAAUUGGUUAAUUCCAGGAUUGAAGGAGAAGAAAGUCAAGAGGAGACGCUUGAAAAAGGAGAAACAUGUGAAACUGAGAGUGAAGGUGAAGAUUUUGCUGUUGCACUUGAGGAUCCAGAAACUGCUACUGCAAGGAUCACGACGAUGGAGUAGGAUUAAGUCUGUCAUUGACUGGUUGGACAAUCAAAAAGAAGAUUGUAAGGAGAAGACCUGACUGGCAGAAGAAAACUACAUUAGACAUCUUUUUUUUCUGUGUGUAGCAUGUCUGCUUUUAUUUGUUCAGUCCUAGUGAAGGUGGGAAGGCACUUAUGGGUCAGCUAAUGGUGCAGCCCAACUUUUUCCUGCUUUUAUUUGACAUUAAGCUCAACCCAGAAUAUUCCAAUAUUAACUGAUGGAGCUUAACAAUAGUUAAUUUUGAAUACCGAUAGAAUAGAAUAGAAUGUAUAUGUCAGGGAGAAUAUGACAGUAUUUUUUAUGAAAAAUCUGUCGUUUUUAUGGUAAAAUGCUUCGACAACAUCUGUGCGAGUGUUAAAAACAGAAUUCAUAAUGUAUGUGUCACAGGAACAGUACACACUAAUUUCUCUUGAUAAAUAUAUAGUAUAUGUAGAUAUUUAAUAUCUUUAAUAAUGUAUCAAUUUAUGUUAAUAAACUGUUUUAGCAUUCUCCAUUUUUGCUUAAAUACAUAAUUCCCAGUCAAUGCAUUUAAAAACAAUUAGCAGCAUUCUGCAGAUAUAUAUAUUUGUAUAUCUGUAUAUUAACUUGUACAUAAUGACAUAAUUUUUACUGUGACAAGUAUGAAAUAGAAAAAAAGAGCAUGAUGAGAGCAUGGCACAUUAGUUUUUUUCCAUAAUAAUUUACUCUCUAUAUUUCAUUUAUCUCAACAUACAGUAUGUAUUUAUCAUGAAUAAAACUAUAUUCAGCAGAGCCUCAAAAACAUUAACGGCAGCUUUACUUAUCAUGUUUUAUUUCCCAGCUUCUUGUGUCUGGUCUCAAUUAGCUUGUGGUAUCAAUGAUACUGUAAGUAUCACUUUGUGUGGUGUGGGUGAGAGAAGACAGAAAGUGAUGACAGGCUGUUUGUUGCAGAUCUGAUACGUAAUGUUGACUAAUUACAAAAUGCAAAAUAUAGACCUGUAUUAACUGUGUUUAUAUAUUUACUGCUGUUUUAUCAAUAAAACUAUAUUUGCAUAAAUUCUGUACA